GAAGUCUUCUACUCCAGUUUAACUAGUUAGAAAGCAGUUAGGAUGCGCCCCAAAGAGAUCUUGCAAGUCUUCGGAAUGCAUCCCAUGCUUCCCCAAACUGGAAGUCCAGUGCAUUGGCAAUUCCAAGAAGAUGCUUGUCUGAUGUAGUUUUUUUUUUUUUAAAGAAAGCGUAAACAUUUUCAUUCCAGAAAUUAAUUACGCAACCUGGUCAAGGUAGUGUUCGGCUCCCCACUGCAAUGAGGCAUCUCCAAAUCAAAGCAGUGAGAUGAAGAAAUAGAUGUAGCAGUGGAAAAUGGGGAAGUUCCAGCUAUCGCUCCUGGUGCUGCUGCUAGUUUUGCGGGCAAGCGUGGGAGGCAAGCUGUGCCCUUCCCAGCUCUGUGAGUGCUACCAGGAGAGCGACUUCCGAGUUACCUGCAAGGACAUCCACUUCAUUCCCAGCCUUCCUCAGAAUACCCAGACUUUGAAAUUUACAGAGACUCAUAUGAAAACCAUCCCCAGUGAUGCAUUUGCUAAUCUGCCCAACAUUUCCAGAAUCUACUUAUCCAUAGAUGUAACUCUACAAAGACUGGAGGCCCAUUCAUUCUACAAUUUGAGUAAAAUGACUCAUAUAGAAAUUAGAAAUACUAGAAGUUUAACUUACAUAGAUCCUGAUGCCCUAAAAGAACUGCCUCUCUUAAAAUUCCUUGGGAUUUUCAAUACAGGACUUAAAAUAUUUCCAGACUUGACCAAAAUUGAUUCAACUGAUGUGUUCUUUAUACUUGAAAUUACCGAUAACCCUUUUAUCACUUCAAUUCCUGAGAAUGCUUUCCAUGGACUGUGCAAUGAGACCAUAACCUUGAAACUCUACAAUAAUGGCUUUACUUGGGUCCAAGGAUAUGCCUUUAAUGGAACAAAGUUGGAUGCUGUUUACUUAAACAAGAACAAGUAUCUGAGCAUCAUUGAUGAAGAUGCUUUUUUGGGAGUAUACAGCGGACCUACCCUGCUGGAUGUGUCUUACACUAGUGUUACUGCCCUACCACCUAAGGGUCUGGAGCAUCUGAAAGAAUUGAUAGCAAGAAACACUUGGACACUUAAGAAGCUUCCCUUUUCUUGGAAUUUCCUUCAGCUGACACGGGCAGAUCUUUCCUAUCCAAGUCAUUGCUGUGCUUUCAAGAAUAGAAAGAAAAACAAAGGAAUCCUUGAAUCACUAAUGUGCAAUCAAAGCAGCAUUCAGAACUUGCGUCAGAAGAAAUCCAUCAACGCCUUGAAUGGUCCCUUUUACCCAGAUUACUCAGAGGAACAGAGCCACAGAAAUGCAGUGUUUGAGGAAGACUCCAAAGCACAGGAUCUCCACAGCAAUUCCCAUUAUUAUGUCUUCUUUGAAGACCAGGAGGAUGAGAAUAUUGGUUUUGGCCAAGAACUUAAAAACCCUCAAGAAUUGAUUAUACAGGCUUUUGAUAGUCAUUAUGACUAUACUGUGUGUGGAGGCAAUGAAGAAGUGACGUGCUUCCCAGAGCCGGAUGAAUUCAACCCCUGUGAAGAUAUCAUGGGAUAUAGUUUUCUUAGAAUUAUAGUGUGGUUUGUCAACUUGCUGGCUCUCCUUGGCAAUUUCGUUGUUUUGUUUAUUAUCCUCACCAGUCAUUACAAACUGACUGUCCCACGCUUUCUCAUGUGCAACUUGGCCUUUGCUGACUUCUGUAUGGGGAUCUACCUGCUCCUUAUUGCUUCUGUUGACCUCUACACCCAGUCUGAGUACUACAACUAUGCCAUUGAUUGGCAGACUGGCUCCGGUUGUAACACAGCUGGAUUUUUCACGGUUUUUGCCAGUGAGCUAUCUGUGUACACAUUGACAGUCAUCACAUUAGAACGCUGGUAUGCCAUCACUUUUGCCAUGCGCCUGGACAGGAAGAUCCAGCUACGGCACGCAUAUGUGAUCAUGUUAGGCGGGUGGGUUUGCUCCUUCCUCCUAGCCCUACUUCCAUUGGUGGGAGUCAGCAGUUAUGUCAAAGUGAGCAUCUGCCUCCCUAUGGACACAGAGACACCCCUGGCCCUCACCUACAUCAUUCUAGUCCUGCUACUUAAUAUCAUUGCUUUUAUCAUCAUUUGUUCCUGUUACGUGAAAAUUUACAUCACCGUCCGAAAUCCCCAAUACAGUCCAGGUGACAAAGAUACCAAAAUUGCCAAGAGGAUGGCUGUGUUGAUCUUCACUGAUUUUAUAUGUAUGGCCCCAAUUUCUUUCUAUGCUUUGUCAGCUGUUAUGAACAAGCCCCUCAUCACUAUUAGCAACUCAAAAAUCUUGCUGGUCCUUUUCUACCCACUUAACUCAUGUGCCAAUCCAUUCCUCUAUGCGAUCUUCACCAAGGCUUUCCGGAGAGAUGUUUUCAUUCUACUCAGUAAGUUUGGUAUCUGUAAGCACCAGGCUCAAGUCUACCGAGGGCAGACCAUCUCUCCAAAGAAUAGUAUUGGUUUUAAUGGCCAGAAAGGCUGUCGGGGAGCAGCAAAGACUAUUGCCAAUGGACAGAAUGAUUGUGAGCUAUUUGAAAACUUUCAUCUAGCCAAAGGCAAGCAGGACCAACUCAAGGUAGACUGCAAAUUGACAGUUUUAUGAGCUCAUCCUCAAAAUACAUCUCAAAAUGGAAACAUGGCUGGCAGAAUCCUGAUUUCCUAAUCAAAGUAUUCUAAUUCUGGAUCAAACUUUUUCCCUCUCCCUUCUGUUGCUACAUUUCUUAAAAUGAACAAAUAUAUUUUGCACAUGAAUGACUUUAACCUAAUAGGUAAUAGCAAAAUGAUCCAUUGUUUCUGGGAGAUUUCUCAACCAAUUUGUUCCACAAACAAGCCUAAAAACAAAGUUCUCUAAGGGAACGCAACAGAAGUCAGUAGAACUAUGACAGUAAAGAUCCUCCUACUUCUGAAGCUAUCUGUAGAAAUGUGGAGUCCGCACUUGGUCAUUCUCCAGUGACUCAGCAGAUGGUUCACAGUUCAUUACAUGCUUCUUUGAGCUGCGUUAGCUUUGUGGUGCUUUGUACUGCCACAGAGAACUGAAGCUGACUUGAACCUAAAGUCAAAAAAUAAGACUAUAAAGAGAACAACUAUUUUAAUAAAAUAAACAAAUAAGAUAAAAGAGUGAGGAUGAGGAAAUGAGGGAGAAUUUUUUUCAAGAUUUUUUUCUGACUCUAGCCGCUUCUUGAAACCACUUACAGUAUUCAUCUCUUUAUAAGGACCUACCAGGGAUGCAAUCAUUUUGUCUUGCCUAGAAGAAUGUGCAGCUAGGUGGCAUGGUGGAUACAACACUGUGCUUGGAACCAGGGAGACCCAUCUUCUUGAGUUCAAAUCUGGUCUAGAACUCCAUAGUCUAUGACUAUUCUGUUAGGUUUGUUAUUCUAUCUGAUCUGGUUAGGUUUGAGGGUCUGAUCUUUUGGUGAUGUUUUGGGGAAUUAGGGAAUAGGUAUUUUGCUCUUGCAUUAUUCAUUCUGAGACAAUGGGGGAAUAGUAAUCAUGUCAAUUCCACAGGUAAGGGAUAUUAAUGAGAGAGGUUAUGCAAGGGGGACUGAGUGGGCAAUCACAUCUUGCCAAGGGCCACUCUGUGGCCUCCUUAGCUACCAUGCAUGACUCUGUUAAGGCAUCAUGGCCUGAUGGCUCCCAGCAUCCUUAUAUAGAAAUCUUCUUCUCUUUACCAGGAUUCUAUAAUUGCCCAUAAUUUAUGGAUCUUUAGCAUAGGCACCCUAAUUCUCUGCUGAAAGACCCCAGGCACAGAAGUCAUCUUUUUCUUUGUACUCAUCAACUUUGGCAUUAAAUGUAAGCUUUUUGUUGCUCUUAAAUUACAUUGUGCCAAGUUAGUGUGCCAAAUGAAAGCACUUGUAACUAUGAGACUCUAUAACUUAUGUAGUGCCAGGUUAUUUAAAGACUUUCACAUUUUAAUGGGAAUAUUCUGAGUACCUAAUAUCAUUAAUUACUCCCAAGUUGGUAGGUAAGUAUAUAAAAUGUAUUGAAUUUAUUAUUUUGUGUUGUAUAUUCUUUAUCUGUGGCAAUUUACAAUGUCUUAUCUCAAAUAACAUACCUUUAUGAAUACAUGAACCAGUGCUUUUAAAAUAUAGCCCUUGAAAUGUGACAACAUCAGAAUCUUUAUUAAAAAACAAAUGUGCUACAUUUUUCUCAUGCUUUAAAUUUCCUUUCUCUGAGAGGUUUUGCCUUGAGUUGUAUAAUCUUCCUCUUUCUAACUCUAAAGACCACAGGGUGAAUGUCCAAGUAGGAAGAAGGAUGGAUAUUUUUGGCAAUAAGAGUCUCAUUUAUUUUUAUUGUAAAUUAUAAUCCUUUGUUAGAGACCUUAUGCCAAACAUGAAUUUUAUGUGAAAAUGUUGAUAGAGAGUAAAUCACAUAAUGCUUUUCUGAUAAGCUUAUGAAAGUAUGGGAGCUUACAUCAAGCAGUUAUUAAUUUUGACAAUGGAACUGUAAACAGAACCAUAAUAAAUAAAUGAGUUGUGGCUAUAAAA